CUCGGCAGCGACCAGUGUGCGCGCGGGCUCGGCGCGAAACGCGCGUCUUCAAUCGCAAUUACUUAUCUACUUCUUUGUGACGUACGAAUGACCAGAGUUUCUUAGUUUAAUAAAACCCAUUGUGUUUUGUUCAAAAUGAAAGUGGACAAAGAUUCGUGCCUUCCGGGGCCAGUGGACACUAAACCCAUUCUCUCUGACAGGAAAGGGAGCUUAAAGGUGACCAUCACACCGGCGCAGCACAAGACCCUCACACAUCUGCCCAAGAGGCCGCCAGUGGACUUGGCGUUCACUGAACUCACCUACAAAGUUCAGGAGGGAAGAAAAAGCAAUGUGAAGACGAUCCUCAAGUCGGUCUCUGGCCGACUUCGGUCUGGCGAGCUGACAGCCAUUAUGGGUCCAUCCGGCGCUGGAAAGUCUACCCUACUCAACAUUCUUACAGGAUACAAAACAUCAGGAAUGGAAGGCAGUAUAACAGUGAACGGCAUGGAGCGAAACCUUUCGAGUUUCCGCAAGCUGUCCUGCUAUAUUAUGCAGGACAACCAGCUGCAUGGAAACCUUACAGUUGAGGAGGCCAUGGCUGUAGCCACUGCUUUGAAGCUGCCCAGUGCUACCACCAGCGCUGAUAAGGAGGAAGUGAUCCAAGAAAUCCUGGAAACUCUCGGCCUCUCGGAGCACCACAAGACAAUGACAUCCAACCUCUCCGGAGGUCAAAAGAAACGUCUUUCAAUCGCCUUGGAACUCGUGAACAACCCCCCUAUUAUGUUCUUCGACGAGCCUACGUCAGGCUUGGACAGUUCCUCUUGUUUCCAAUGUAUCUCGUUGCUGAAGACCUUGGCGAGGGGGGGUAGGACUAUCAUCUGUACUAUUCAUCAGCCGUCCGCUAGGUUGUUCGAAAUGUUCGACCAUUUGUACACGUUGGCUGAUGGUCAAUGUGUUUAUCAAGGCAGUACUGGACGACUUGUUGAAUGGCUCGGCAGCUUAAGCCUGCAGUGUCCAUCGUACCACAAUCCGGCGUCGUUCAUCAUUGAAGUGUCGUGCGGCGAGUACGGAGACAAUACCGGCAAGUUGGUGCGUGCUAUCGACAACGGCAAGAAUGAUAUUAGAAACGGCAUGCCGUUCCCAGACAGCAAAGUGCCCGACUACAACAAUAAGAAAGCUAUGGAGGAAUCCUUGAACAAGGAGUGGAACAAGAACGACUUAUCCCAAGUGCAGGAGAAGUUCCGCGAUGGUAACAACACUAAUGGCAAUGGAAACCUACAGAAUGGAAUACUGCAGUUUGCUGCUAGCGAAAUUGCUAAAGGUGACCCGCUAGUAGUACAAAUGGACACAGAGAAACAGGACAACGUGGAAGUGGCCCUCUUAGGCGGCGAAGGUUCACCCAGACGGUAUGCCACUUCUGAACUCACGCAGUUCUGGGUCGUGCUCAAGAGGACUUUGCUGUUCAGUAGAAGAGAUUGGACUCUGAUGUACCUCCGUCUGUUCGCUCACAUUCUGGUCGGCUUCCUGAUUGGUGCACUGUACUACGACAUCGGCGAUGAUGGCUCCAAAGUGCUGUCUAACCUCGGAUUCCUGUUCUUCAAUAUGCUGUUCCUUAUGUACACGUCCAUGACAAUCACUAUACUUAGUUUUCCUCUCGAAAUGCCUGUGCUGGUCAAAGAACACUUCAAUCGAUGGUACUCGCUGCGAUCGUAUUAUCUCGCUAUCACGGUGUCUGAUAUACCUUUCCAGGCGAUAUUCUGCGUGAUCUACGUAGUGAUAGUAUACUUGCUGACGUCGCAGCCGCCGGUGUGGUUCCGGUUCGCGAUGUUCCUGUCGUCGUGUCUGCUCAUCUCCUUCGUGGCGCAGAGCGUCGGUCUCGUUGUCGGCGCUGCUAUGAAUGUUCAGAAUGGCGUAUUCUUAGCUCCCGUAAUGUCGGUCCCGUUCCUGCUGUUCAGCGGCUUCUUCGUGUCGUUCAACGCGAUCCCGGUGUACCUGCGCUGGAUCACGUACCUGUCGUACAUCCGCUACGGGUUCGAGGGCACUGCGCUCGCUACUUACUCCUUUGAUAGGCCCAAGUUGAAGUGUCAUCAGACUUACUGCCACUUCAAGAACCCAGAAACGACACUGGAAGAGCUCGACAUGUUGAACGCAGACUUUACCCUCGACAUCGCGGCCUUAUGUCUCAUCUUCCUCGUCCUACGUAUCUCUGCGUUCCUCUUCCUUCGCUGGAAGCUCAAAUCCACCAGAUAAGCGACAAACAACCUUAUUUCUAUACAACUAGGGUAGAAAACCAAACAGCUAUUUUAAGUUAGGGUUGUCACUUUGUCCAAAAAUGUGAUUUGACCGACUUAUUGUGGUGGAUUGAGUUCUAAAAGCAAGUUUUCAAAGUUGUACUGAAUUGUGAAUGCCAAAGGUGACUAAUUUAAACGUACAACAGAUUAUAUUUACUCCAAAAAUUUGCUUUUUUAAAUGACUCAAUCAAUAUUUUUUUGGUAAUCAACAGAAGAGUUGGUAUCGACAAAGUUACAAUCGCAGUAGUUAGUUUUACUUACGCAGUUAUUGUGAUAAAAAGAUUGUGUAUCUAUACUUUGAACUCAGGGACUCUAUACAUUUCGAAUAUGUUAUGAAAAAAUAUGGAAUCCUGUCAUGUGUCAAGUAGGAAUGAGAAAAUGCAUUUCCAUAUUCAUUGCAAACAAUACACAAAAAUAUUUUGAUACUUGAAUUCUAAAAUCAUAAUGACAUUAAAAUUAACAUGACAUUCACUUGCUUUAUAUUGAAAUUAUUUUUGGUUCAAAUAGCUUUUGUAAAUGCAAAUUAUUACGGUCAAAUACUUACGAAAUGUGAUAGUAACGUGUGAUAAUGGAAAAUGUUCACAAAAUAAUAGAAAUUACAACAAUUUUAUAACAUUUUAUUAUGAAGUAUAGAUUAUUAUGAAUAUUAAAUAAAAUAAAAACUGAUUUAAUUUAGACGGUGGCCUUUAUAUUUUUUUAAUACUAUCCGUAUCCAUCCAUCCAUGAAAUGUGAUUAAUCAGCAAAUAAAAUAUAUCUAUUUCAAUAUUAAGAUCUGAAACCAUCCGAUACAAGAGCCUAAAUAUUAACAUUCUUAGAAAAUAAAUUGUAAAUUAAUUGAUUAUUUUGCUCAUAAAUUAUUCAUAUUUCUUGCCUAACGGGCUUGCCGUUUUAUAUCAAAGAUAGACGUAAUUCGCCUCAGUGGUAAUGGUAAUUUAAAUGUUACUAAUUACUUAUGAUUUAUAAAGACUGCUGUAAUUAAGGUUUUUGAUGACUUUAAUGUUACUCUAUAUUAAAAUUCUUAUUUUAUUCCCUUCAUUGAUCUAAAGAGGUUCCAUUGCUUUUUUGCUCUUGCAACCCAAAAUCAUAUCUGGCCAGUCAUUAAUUGGCUUGCAACAUUUUUUUUCUGUUUUUGUAACUGAACUGAAUUGAAAUUUUCAUACCUAUUUAUUUGAUCAUUCAUAGUAUUGUAGACAUUUCAGAUUACCAUUACCAAGUUAAAUAGUAAUAAUUGUAAUACAUUCAGGGAUCAUGGUAAUAUUCAUUGUACUUAGUGACGUAAUAACUUAGAUAAUAUUGUGGUCCAAUUGUUUAUUGAUACGGUAGAUGUUAAUGGUUAUAGAAUGUAUGAUGUUUUGUACCUAUAUAUUUUUUAAAUAAAUGGUUUAUGAAAUACAUAAAAUU